CUCCUUCAAGACUGCCAGAAACAGGGAGCCAGAUAAUCUCUCAGUGACAGUGAAGGCGCCAUCCACGGCUCCAUAUCAUAGCAGUGUUUGGAGCUAGGCAGAAACGGGCUUACCUGCUUUGUUCUAGCAAUACCAUGACACGAGCCAGUGUGCAUCAGAGGGACCGCGUGUCAUCGAAUGCUGGGAACGUGUUUUGAGUCGACUCAAAAAACACGUGUGAUCAAAUGCUGGGACCGAUAACCUUUUGACAUGUGCCAAGUUACCAGAGCGUUCGAAUGGUCGGGGGAACUGACCAGAACUGCAGUCGUAGGAGUCCUUCAGGCUUGCUCCUCACGCUGUGCGAUAAGCGUGCCGUCUGAAACUCUUCAAAUCGUAGGACGCCAUACAAACGCCGAAUUGACGCUCGACCAUCGACUUCAUCAAAAUCGUCACGAAAUCCGUCAAGUUCCGUCUACGCCUACGAAUUCCAUUAAAUAUUACCCCCAGAGCCCUCGUGAUGGUGGCAAGGUCCGCACGCGUGCCCUCUAGGCGAACCCCAGCGGGAGGUGACAAUGUCAGGAGUGACCAGGGCGCGAGCGGCGAGCCACGCGGCAUGGCGAGCGGCAAGCAGGGCGGCGGCAUGCCGUCGGAGCUGGUGGAGUCGAUCGAGACGUUCAUCCGCCACCACGCCGACCUCGCCGACGACUCUGUCACCGCCUUGGCUAACGUGGCGUAUUUCCUCUUCACUAUGUCAGAGCUCACCCACCAUCCCCUCGCUCCACAUAUUCCCAGAUCCCUCCGCCAGCGCAUGGCUCAGGUAGUGCGGAGCUCCAAGGAGGGGUUGCUGGUGUGGCGCGCUGCCAACCUGCUGGCUCAGACAGAGGCAGCUGAGGGCACUGAGGCGUGGCUUCCCAACAUUGGCUAUGACUCGCCCACACCAUCCCACAUGAGCCUUGCAGGCCUCUUCACUGCAGCAGCAAAGGCAGUGACAGCCACGCAGCAAGGCAGUUCUCAUGCAGACGAUGCUGAUGUGGAUGAUGCUGAUAAGGGCGCUGGCAGUGGUGGGGAGAAGGAGGGUGAGGAGAACGUUGAAGUGGAAGAGGGUAUAAGGAAAGAGGGUAUAAGGAAAGAGGGUAUAAGGAAAGAGGGUAUAAGGAAAGAGGGUAUAAGGAAAGAGGUGAAAGUCGAGGCGAAGAAAGGGAAAGGUGGUGGAGAAGUGGAAGAGGAGGACGAGGUGCAGGUGAUGGAGACGGGGGUGGAGACGACUGCUGAGGUUGGGAGUGAGGGAAAGGGAGUGAAGGAAGAGGGAGAAGGAAAGGGAGAGGAGGAAGCAGACAGAAAGGGCCCAGGCGUGGGCGAAGGCAGGGGGGAGGGGGCUGAGCGAGAGGGAGAGGUGGGGGAAGGGGAAGGGCAGGAAGGUAUAGAGGAAGUGGUGGAGGAAACGAAGGCUUCAAGCAGAGCGGGUAGAGGGAGGGGGAAGAGGAGGCGAGGUAGGGGAGGGAGGGCAGCAGCAGGUAAGCGCAGAGUGAGGGGGAAGAAGGCUGCUGAGGCGGAGAAUGACGCGGAAGUUGGUCGGGCGAGUGAGGGUGUGGAUGUUGAGGAAGUGAGGGAGAUUGAGGUGGAGGGGGGGGAACCGGGGGGUGAUGACAAGGUGGUUGAGCUGAGUGGGAAUGAGGGGGAGGAGGUCAAGGAGUGUGUGGUGGAGGUAAAGGGGAGUGCGGUAGAGGAGGUGAAGGGGAAUGUGGUAGAAGUGGAGGAGAUGAAAGGGAGUGACGUAGAGGGUGGAACUGUGGAAGUCAGAGAGAGUGUGGAAGCAGCGGAGGAGGUAAAGGACCCUUUAGUGGUGGACAUUCCAAGUGGUAACCAACAGGGUAACCAACAUGGUGACCAGCUUGCUACAGAGCUUACUGCAAAGGCACAGCAGGAGAAGCUGGCAACUGGAACAGGUGCAUUCGGCAAGGCACAGGAAGAGAAGGUGGCAACUGGUGCAGGUACAUCUGGCAAGGCACAGCCAGUUACCCGAGUGCUGAGGUCAGGGGGCAAUAGAGAGGCUGCGACUACAGCGGGGGGAGGUGCUGGAGAGUCAGUAGGAGCAGCAGCAGCAGGAGGAAGUGAGAGGAGUCAAGGAAGGGACGGAGUGAGGGAUGGAGGGAGGGAUGGAUGGAGGGGGAAGAGAGUACGGUCUGCAGAGGAUGUGGAGCGGGAGGAAGCUGCAGCUGAAGAUGCCACGUGUCAGUCCCUGGCGUCGUCCCGGCUGCUCCUGCUCAUCAUUGACGUGCUUGUGAGGGACUUUCAUCGUCACCGCCACACGCUACUCUUGUCCCCAUCGCUGCCCAUGUAUCGUCGCCUGGAGACAAUCAAGUCAACUCUGCUCUUCCGGUUCCUGCAGGGUCAGGACCAACUUGCAGUAAACGAGUUAUGGGAAAGUGUGCUAGGUCUGGUGUUCGCAUGUGCUGGGGAUGAGGCACAGGGGGAGGCGGAGGAUGAUGAUGAUGAGGAGGGGGAUGUAAAGAAGGAGGAUGUAGGGCAGGCAGGGAGAGCAGGGAAAGAGGGUGAGCAGGCAGGGGGGAACGAGGGGCACGAAUCAGGAUUACGGGGUCAGGAGGGAGAGGCGAGGAGAAAGCGAACUAGGAGGGGAGGGGAAGGCGAGGAGGAGAAGACGGGGGGUAAACUGGGCAAUAAUCCGCAUCGCGAAGAAAAGCAAGAGAGGGAGGGCAGGGAGGACGUCAGCCAUUUCCCGAUCCGCCUGGAGCUGGCUCGAGCGGCUCAACUGCUUCUGGGCGCUGUGUUGGACCUGUACGGCAUCGUAGCUGACAAUGACGGAUACCGCAUCGUCAGAGCCAAGAAUGAAAGAGAGAGCUUUGAGGAUCGCCUGUUGAAGCUCGUUGCGUCUGAGACCAGCGUUGCCAAGAGGUGCUUCUUUAUCCAGACCAUGGUGGAUCCGCGCCACAAGUAUCAUCUCAUCGUCCACCUCUUCGCUCGCCACGGCCCUCAUAAGCUGAGGGCAGCACUGGCAAAGGACCCCAUGGGAGUGGGGGUGGGCAACACGAGCCUGCCAGUUCUCCUGCAGCAUCUGGGCUGCAGCAACCUGCCUCAGCUCAGGAAGGGCUCAGGAAUCAAACGCGACCUGCUGGCCGUGCUGCUGUGCCACGCCACUCAGGCUUACUUUGACUUCAAUCCGUCUGCGAUAUUAGAGUCCCUGGUAGCACAGAAGCCACCUGCAACAGGCAAGAGAUCGAGCAGGAAGAAGGCGGCUCAAGGAGGUCCAGAGGAGGCAGCACCAACACCAUCAACACCACCAACACCACAACCAGUGGUGCUGUGUGACAUGAUAGCAGAUGCAGCGAAGGCCUGCGCUUCCUCAGGUGCAUUGUCAAGUUUAAGGCGGAGCUGCCUCACUGCCCUAGAUGCAUUCAGCAGGAGCUUACAAUAACAGCUGUACAAGUUCUAUGGUAUCUGUUGGGCUGAGAAUAACCCUUUAGGAUCUUUUGCAGAGACCAAGUCCCAGCUGUAGAGACUUGAGACUUGGAGUAGUGCAGCGGAAGUUGAGGCAGUUGAACCCUUGUACUAGUAUGUGAGAACAA